AUGGAACCGUAUGACUCUCUGUAUGGAAGUAAAUGUCUUAUUUCUAUUUGUUGGACUGAGUUGCAUGGUAGGAGGACGUUGGGUCCAGAGUUAGUGCAGGAGAUCGAGGAUAUUGUCAGAUUGAUUCAUGAUCGCUUGAAAGAGGCCUUUGAUAGAAAGAAAUCUUAUGUUGAUCAGAGGAGGAAGGAUAUCGAGUUUGAGUUGAUGAUUGAAAGAUAUUCAAGGACAAACCUCCCAGAUAUAGAGAAGAAUAAGUUCCUGGUUCCUCGAGACAUGUCGGUGGGUCAGUUCAUUCACAUUCUAACUAGGAGGCUGCAGUUGAGUCCUGGAAAAGCUCUCUUUGUGUUUGUGAACAACACAUUGCCUCAAACAGCAAGUCUCAUGGGGUCUGUCUAUAAUUCUUUCAAAAAUGAAGAUGGGUUUCUCUAUAUGUGUUACAGCACUGAGAAAAUUUUUUGCUAA